AUGGGAUGCACGACGGUGUCGGAAUUGCAAUGCGCCGUCGGGAGGACGCUCCACGAGUCGUGCGACGACUUUGAGAGCGAAAUCAUCGACCCGCAGACCCUCUACUCACUCGACUUUGCGUCGCGAGCGAUGCGAAUCGCAGUCGAGGCGGCUCCCGCAGUCGACGGCCCGACGCACUUUUGCUGCUCCCUCGACCUGCUGGGCCAGCAAGUGCCGAGCGGCCCCACCCUGCUCAAGCGGCGCCAGCUGAUGGCGGCCGGUUGGCGCGUGAUAAACGUUCCAUACUUUGAGUGGCACCGCCUGGAGGGGCCGCGUGAGCGGCGGCGGUACAUCGAGAGCCGCGUCCGCUACGCAAUGGACGCGGCCCCGCAGCCAGGCAUCGUCGCCACCGCUGCGCGCUAG